AUGGCAUACACUAUACAACAAUGCGUUUACGGACAAUUUGUCGACAUCACCGAAGCCAGCCGACCAGACAGCCCCCGACCAUACCCACGCAAGGCUACCCCCCCGCGCCCACCACGGCCACGCAAGGCUCCUUCCCGGAACUCAUCACGGUAUCCCCCGCGCACCGCCGAGACGCGCAACUGGCGUCCACCCGGCCAGCAAAAGCAGCGUCGCCCAAGACGCUCCGCGCGCCCCCCCGCCACGCCAUCAUCAGUCGACACCACCACCACCCGCCGGGCGCCGAAGAAAGUGUCCUUUUGCAGCGAGCCGGAGAGCAGCAGCAGCACUGAGAGCGUCUGUGCCGCCAGCACCGGGCCCGCGCGGGAGCGGCGCCGUCGUGAGCGUAUGCGCGCGACAUCGAGUUGCUGGGGAGGCGCGCUGCUGCGUGCUUGCACGGGAGGGAGCUCGACGUCCGGUUUCUAUAAGCAGCCGCAUGCGGCGGCGCCCAAGGCGUGUCUAGGCGACGUCAGGGUCGAGCGCCCAGCGCCUCGCAGGGUAGAGACAACGCCGCCUAGGCGGCUGCGGCGCGGUGGCCGCGACCAUGUAUCCAACGAGCCCCCAUUUCCCGUCCCGCCGCGCAAGUACACGCUUCUCGACACGGCGACCGCGGCGCUCGCCCGACACCGUCCUCGCCUCGACCCGCACCAACAGCACGUCCAGCCAAUGCCCUCCAAGCGGCCGCCGGCCUGGAAGCUGUUCUUCCGGCAUGCCAGAACAGAGAUGGAGCAGCAGCAGCGCAGGUACUGGAUCUAA